AAGUUGUUCGAAUUAUUACAAGUUCUUUGAUUUGGUUGAUUAAAAUUACAAUAAUACCCUCAAUGCCAAGAGAUCCGUAUAACGGCUGGGGGAUGAAUAAUAACUUCUCUGGUCAUCGAAACAAAGGCAAAUCAUUUCAAAGCGAAAGGAAAAGGAGAAACGUAAAGAGGGCAAAGCCCUUCUUCUUCUUGUUCGAGAAGGAGCUGCAGCCUCAGAUAAGGAUUCUUUUGAUGCCCAGUUGAUAAAGGAAGCGACUUUAUUUUAACCAACGAGAUUUUAUCAUCAGGGUUGGUUAAUUGGUUUGUUAUUUGACAAGGAUCAUUGAUCACCCUCUUGAGAACAUCUCGAGCUUUCCCAGAUCUAUCUGAGCUCCUGGGUUUAUAAAUCGCUUCCUUCACAUAUCGAUGGGGUGCGUUUCUUCUUCCGAUUUCUGUUUUUGACUUUAUGCAGAAUGUUUUGGUAUUUGAUUGAUUUGGAUUUGAGAUUCUGUUUGAUGGGCUUUGUUCCUGCGUUAUGUGCUGCUUGGGAUUCAUGUUCAUGAUAGAUAAACCCUAAUUUUAUUGCUGGGGAAUGGUGUUUAUAAGAGCAGUGGCUGCGUGGGUUGCUACAGAGAACACAGAUCAACUGCCGCCAGUCUGAAGGAUCCACCUUCCAAUUCCAUUGCUCGACCGUGUAAGAAACCGAGUGUCUCUGAAGAUUUCUGGUCAACAAGCACAGUUGAUAUGGACAACAUCACCUUCCCUUCACAGGGGAGCUUAUCAUCAUCCAAUCAGACUUUUGAUUCUCAAUCUGCUGCUAGAAACUCUAAUGCUCCUCCUGAAUAUGUAAAUCAAGGUCUUCUUCUUUGGAAUCAGACACGGGAGCGUUGGGUGGGAAAGGAUAAACCCAACAACCCGGUGGAUCACAAUCAAGGAGCCAAGUUAAAUUGGAACACAGCAACGUAUGAUAGCUUGCUGGGGAGCAACAAGUUAUUUCCCCAACCCAUUCCUCUCACCGAAAUGGUGGAUUUUCUAGUGGACAUUUGGGAACAAGAAGGUCUAUAUGACUGAACAAGACUUGGAAGACACACACACAUACUGGUUCGGGCAUUUCUGAUUUAUUUUUUCUUUUCGGUUUUCUUUUCUUUUCUCAAAGCCCUUGUUGUUACCACUUAUCAUCUUCCAUUUGGAGUUGAUCGAGAAUACUGGGAAAUGUGGCUUAUACGUUUUCACCGUAAAUGAGAAAUAUCCUUUGUUUACCAUCUUUCAGUCCAAAAGAAUUAAGAGCAAUAUCUCGGUUUGACUAAUCAGUAUCUUAAUAUGGGACAUGUUCUUGUGUAUUUUUGUUUUGUUUUGUUAAGGACAUGUUCUUGUGUCUCAUGUCCCACUUGCACAUUGAUCCUACCUUCCAGGUGAUCUGUCCAGUGUUUGAUUUCCACAUAUAUGUACAUUUUAUUUUAAUAAAAUGAUUAGAGGACA